AUAGAACGACUCGGAUAUAGAUCUCAUUGUGCACAUAGACUCGGUGCACCAAUAUCCCUACUAGACUGUCUAUCAAGGUUUUGUUAAUCGGGUGAUUUCGUUAUAAUCGACAUCCUAUCCAACGUAUACUAUACAUAUACCCUAUCCAGACGAACAAAUCAUGACCUACUCCCGCGCUCCAACUUCCUUUCUUCCACCACUCUCUAUACUUUCCACCCACACCACCGCCUCUAUACAAGAUGCCCUGCAAGACUUGAAGGAUCUUUACUUCGCCGCAGUACUUCCUCCGAAGAGGACGCUGCCAAUAAAUGUUGUACCUGCACUGAAGCAGGACAUAUCUGAUACGGUACACGUACCUCGCCCAAAGCGGACGGGACGCUUGAAUCAUAGCGAUGGCGCCCCGGAUUCCGGUUAUGCCUCUGAAGAUGACGAGGCGGAAAUGGAAGGAGAUUUGGAAAGCGACGCUGAAGACUUGGACCUUGAUGUCCUGCGUUCCAACGAGCUUGAACGAAAAUUUUCUAUCAAAUGGCUUACAGGCCUCAUAAAGCGAUCCGAUAUAUGGACGCAUGUACUCGAUAUCGCUCCAGAAGAAGACCACAUACGUCUAGUCGUUAUAGAGGAAGCAAGCAAGCUUCUUGCACGUUUUUCCAGUGAUGAUGAGCAGCAAGAAGAUGCUCUCACGCGACAAUUUAUAUUUCCUUUUGGUGCUGGAGGCGAGCCCAUCAUGAUCGAGCUGAAUGAUGCUCCACUCACAGCCACGGAUCAUACUUCCGUUGGUCUGCAAAGUUGGGCAAGCGCCAUCAUUUUCGCUGAACGCAUCUGUACGAAUCCUGCUCAGUAUAUGAGCAUCCCACAAGGGGUUACUCCCUUGCGCGUUCUUGAACUAGGUGCAGGCACGGGACUUCUCAGCAUCACUACCGCACGACUUCUCGAUCGCAUGGGAGUCGAUGCCACAAUCAUGGCAACAGACUAUCACUCUGCGGUCCUCGAUAACUUACUGCAGAAUGUGAAGACCAAUAAUGUCUCCGUUCAAAUCGAGUCACUGGACUGGUCCAAACCACCUCCACUCGAACUCUACGAUGUUAUCCUUGGUGCAGACGUGGUGUAUCACCCUGAGCAUGCCAAGUGGAUCAAAAAUUGCGUGGAGAAAGCGUUAAAGAAGGGAGGGGUGUUUUGGUUGAUUAUCGCAAUGCGUUCGUCGGGGAGGCAUGAAGGCUUGUGGGAAACUGUGGAUGAUGCAUUUCCAGACGGGGGAUGUGGCUUUCCGAGAAAUGAAGGAUGUGGUGGGGAAAUGAAGCUGGCGGUGUUGCAAAAGGAGGAUGUGGGGCGUCGCGAGGGAAUUGGUCGCGCGGAUGAGGUUAGGUACAGGUUAUUCGAGAUACGUUGGCUCCCCUGUUGCUAUUGCUGUUAACAUUGCAGGGUGAAACAUCUACAUUUGCACGUACCACUAUUGAAGUACGAGAUCAUACGCCAUUCAAAUGACCCUUGCUCAUCGUCACGGUAGGCCUUUAAGGUGCCGUCCACAAC